UAUCCCCGGACCAACCCGCAUUAUCCACAUUGAACCAACACUACGGCCCUACACGGGUAGGUUCUUCGAAUCCCGAGUCAACAAACACCUGAUUGCCACAGAAAAAGUUGCAAGUCGGUGGAAGCCAGCCAAGACUGCGUCCGAUCAAGCGGGUUAAUCAUGGGAUGAUGAUGGCGCUAACAAUAUGUUUCUGGGGAAGGGCACGUUGAUGGCUUUUUCUCACGGGAGUCAACGUACACGAGCAGGAGGCAUCAAGAUAAAUAGUUCUUCAUGGUCCCGAACUCGGAAACAUGUUCCCCAGGUUUCCCCAGACUCCACUGCAGCUCUCUCCAUUUUUUCCUAUCAUCUUAUCAGCUGUCGAAAGUCUGUGCUAUCAAUGGCGCCUACCUCGGUCAACGUCGAGUCUGCAGCUGCACUCUCAGAUCCGAGUGCUGCAGAGAAGCACGACAAACAUGAGCCGGUACUUCUCAAUCAUGUAGCUCACGAUGCUCAAGAGGCGACGGAGGGCCAGAAGAACAUGUCAGUCAUGGAGUCUUUCCGGGCAUAUCCAAAGUCUGUGGCGUUCUCAAUGGUUCUCUCACUCUGCAUUGUUAUGGAGGCUUACGAUACUUCCCUGAUUGGCAACUUUUACGGCUUGCCGCAAUUUCGUCAACGAUUUGGAGUGCGUUUGGAGAACGGCGACUAUCAACUUACAUCGACAUGGCAGUCGGGUUUGCAAAACGCUACUCAAGUUGGCCAAAUGAUUGGGCUCUUCAUCGGUGGCAUCGUCGCGGAACGCUAUGGAUACAAGAAGACUUUCCUCGGUGCCCUAGUACUUAACAUCGCCUUCGUCUUUCUCUUCUUCUUUGCGCAGAACAUUGGCUACCUUCUGGCAGGAGGCCUGCUUUGUGGCCUCCCUUGGGGUGCUUUCCAAGCUUUGACGACAACCUACGCCGCGGAUGUCACGCCUAUGGCCCUUCGACCGAUCAUGACAACUUAUACAAAUAUGUGCUGGGUCAUUGGACAAUUCAUCGGAACCGGCAUCCUUCGAGGACUUCUUUCUCGCCCCGACGACUGGGCUUGGCGCAUUCCCUACGCCAUCCAAUGGGUAUUCCCCUUGCCUAUUAUGGUUGGCGUUAUUCUGGCCCCCGAAAGCCCGACUUGGCUGGUUCGCAAAGGCCGUCUGACCGAUGCCCGUAAUGCUCUGCGUCGUCUGGCGAGUUCCUCCACAAAGGAUGCCGAGCUCGACGUCAGCAUCGCUAUGAUUGCCCACACGAACGAGAUGGAGAGACUGAACUCGGAGGGCACAUCCUACAUCGACUGCUUUCGUGGCACCAACCUUCGCCGUACGAUGAUUGCCUGCUUUGUCUGGGUGGGACAAGUUGCUUGUGGUAUCUGGUUCGGUGGCAAUGUCAUCUACUUCCUUCAACAAGCUGGCUUCGACUCGGACAACUCUUUCAACUUUGGUCUGGGAACUACAGCCAUCGCCAUCGUCGGCACCUUCCUCUCUUGGUUCCUCCUUCCUCACGUUGGACGCCGUACCCUAUACGUCGUCGGUCUUUGCGUCAUGUUCACCGUCCUGGUGAUUGUCGGCGGCAUGGGCAUUCCAGCCCCUCGUCCGGAUCUAGGCUGGGCAUCCGGGGCCUUAUUGAUGGUCUUCGUCAUCACCUACGACAUGACCGUCGGGCCGACUUGCUACUGCUUAGUCGCAGAGAUCCCUUCCACCCGACUCCGAAUCAAGACGGUUGCUAUUGCUCGCAAUGCGUACCUUCUGGCUAGCAUCGGUGCCAACUUCUUAAACCCACCGAUUAUCAACCCCAGCGCCUGGAACUUGAGAGGAAAGGGAGGAUUUAUCUGGGCAGGCAUCUGCUUCUGCGAACUCGUAUGGGCGUACUUUUGUCUUCCCGAACCAAAGGGACGCUCCCCAGCUGAGCUUGAACUGCUGUUCGAGAACCGUGUGAGUGCCCGCAAGUUUGCCCAGACCAAGGUGGAAGUGUUUGCGGAUAACAUGGAGAGGGAUGAAAAGCAUGAUGGGCCGAUGACGGUCAGAAUUGAGGGCAAUUAAGUAGGACUUAUAGUUGGAGAAAGCAACCCUACUCGCUGAGUCUCCCGCCGAUGAGCCCUUGAGGACAUUGAUCUCCUAUGUUCAGGAAUGAAAUGAGACACCUUAUUAGUCACUUGCUGGCUUUGUUAGUGAUUGGCGUGAUGAAAGAUAC